CCUCCUAUGGCCAUAAACACACUGUUGAAUUUUAAGAAAAAAGAAAAAAGAAAAAAAGGAAUUGCAUUGAAUUUCUUGUCUCUGACUUGACCAAGCCCUGUGAGCACGGCAAUUGACUUGGAAUAACGUUGUUAAAAGUCUGCAACAACGCGCGAAGCUUUAAAAGGAAGAGAAUAGGAAGUUUCAGAUGGGGAAUUGUUGGGGUUCCAAAGCUAAAAACCCAACUCCAAGCACUACUGAUCGUCUCAGUUCAGGGACAGGGACAGGGACAUCUCAGACAAUCAGCAACACAAUUUCUUCUAAGGGUAGUAACAUCUCUGCAAUAAGCCAAUUCUCAGCUGCUAGUGGGGAUGAGGCUUAUCCAAAUGGUCAGAUCUUGCCCACCGCAAACUUGAGGAUCUUCAGUUUUACAGAAUUAAAGGUUGCAACCAAGAAUUUUAGACCUGAUACAGUACUUGGUGAAGGAGGAUUUGGGCAGGUCUUUAAGGGUUGGCUCGAGGAUAAGGGGCAAUCCAAGAGUGGAAAUGGGACGGUAAUUGCUGUAAAAAAAUUGAACUCCGAGAGCUUGCAAGGAUUUCAGGAGUGGCAGUCAGAGGUGAAUUUCUUAGGAAGGCUCUCUCACCCUAACCUAGUCAAGCUGUUAGGCUACUGCUGGGAGGACAGAGAGUUACUCCUCAUUUAUGAAUUCAUGCAAAAAGGCAGCCUAGAAAACCAUCUGUUUGGAAGGGGGUCAGCUGUUCAGCCACUUCCAUGGGAUAUACGGCUUAAGAUUGCAAUUGGAGCAGCUCGGGGCCUGGCAUUUUUGCACACAUCUGAUAAGCAAGUUAUUUAUAGAGAUUUUAAGGCCUCCAAUAUACUGCUGGAUGGGUCCUAUACUGCCAAGAUAUCAGACUUUGGCUUGGCGAAGUUGGGUCCAUCAGCUAGUCAAUCACAUGUGACAACACGAGUAAUGGGCACAUAUGGUUAUGCUGCUCCGGAGUAUGUUGCCACAGGGCAUCUGUACGUCAAGAGCGACGUGUAUGGUUUUGGUGUUGUUUUAGUUGAGAUACUAACAGGUUUACGGGCACUUGAUACAAAUCGUCCAAGUGGGAAACAUAAUCUGGUGGAUUGGGUCAAACCAUAUCUAUCAGAAAGAAGAAAGUUGAAACAAAUCAUGGACUCCCGGUUGGAGGGAAAAUAUCCAUCCAAGGCUGUAUUCCAUAUAUCUCAGCUUGCUCUAAAGUGUCUUGCAGCUGAACCUAAGCACCGACCAUCAAUGAAGGAAGUUUUAGAGAAAUUGGAACGUUUUGAAGCUGCCAAUGAAAGACCAAGGGAGCCUAGAAAUCAUGCUAGUCAUCCUAUGGUUCAUCGACAAGGCCAGCAGCCAUUGCACCAUCGUUCUCCACUUCAUCCAAGACUGGAUGGAAAUCCAGCCUACCAAAAUUCGUCCCGAGUAAGGUGACUUUGAUAAAUCUGCUAUGUACAAGCAUAAUUCUUCACUUGUAUGCUGAUUGUUACUCAUGAAAAACAACAAUUACCACUUUAUUUUUUAAUUUUAAUUAAUGUGAUCUUUUGUAAGUUACAAUGAGUGUUAUUAUUUUACUGGUGACUUGUAUUUACUGAAUGAGUAUUUAGCAGCGGGACUGUAAUUAUCUAGAAGGUCUGGUGAGUUGUGCUUAAGGAUGUGUUACAAAGUUAUUGGUUUUGUUCCCGAAGCCUGCAUAUUAUAUAUUGGGAUCCAUUAGUUUGAAUAUCAAGAAUU